AUGAUGCGUACCGGUGGUACACCACGCGCAGGGACAAAUGCCCACCACACGAGUCCCAAGCGCCGUAUCGAGAUGGACGUGAUGAAACUCCUCAUGUCCGACUAUGAGAUUACCUUGGUGGAUGACAAUAUGCAGGACUUCCAUGUGCAGUUCAAAGGACCCUCGGAAAGUAUGUGUGGCGUAGAGACUGACGCAGCUCCGUAUGAAGACGGCGUGUGGCGUAUCCAUGUCGAGCUCCCGGAACAAUACCCGUACAAGUCGCCCUCGAUUGGAUUCGUGAACAAGAUCUUUCAUCCGAACAUUGACGAGGUGUCCGGUUCAGUGUGCCUGGACGUCAUCAACCAGACAUGGUCGCCCAUGUUUGACUGUAUCAACAUCUUUGAAUCGUUUUUGCCUCAACUCCUCCGAUACCCCAACCCUACGGACCCACUGAACGGCGAGGCGGCCGCAUUGCUGAUGAACGACCCAGAUGCAUACGACCGCAAAGUGCGUCAAUGCGUCGCGCAGUACGCGAGCAAAACGGCGGGCGCCGCAGCCGAUGCGGACGCCGACGAAGAAAAUGACGACGCCGAAAUGAGCGACGUAGGAAGUAUCUCGGAUUAA